CAAAAGAAAAGAAAGAAAAAAAGGCAUCAUGGAGUGCCCACUCAGAACCCUCUGUGGCUCCUUUCGGUCUGGACAGAUCCCUUUGGGGGUUUAUAGGACUGUGGAUCAUUGGACCCACAUACCCAAGCUCACCUCGACCCCCAUCCAUGAGGCCAGCUCAGCAUCCGCUCUCCCAGUGAAGCGACAUCACCGCCUUCCUGACAGGACACCCCUGGGAGGCCAGCUCACAGCCACUGGUACCUUCUUCCAGAACCAGCCUGGGGCCCCCAUGGGCUCCUGAGGGCCGGGCACCAGGGCCUCGGGCACGAGCAUGGUAAGGCACCAGCCCCUGCAGUACUACGAGCCCCAGCUGUGCCUCUCCUGCCUCACGGGCAUCUACGGCUGCCGCUGGAAACGCUACCAGCGCUCCCAUGAUGACACCACACCGUGGGAACGCCUCUGGUUCCUGCUCCUCACCGUCACCUUCGGCCUCACACUCACCUGGCUCUACUUCUGGUGGGAAGUCCACAAUGACUACAAUGAAUUCAACUGGUACCUCUACAACCGCUUGGGCUACUGGAGUGACUGGUCCGUGCCCAUCCUCAUGACCGCAGCCACCGCCUUCACCUACAUCGCGGGCCUCCUGGUCCUGGCGCUGUGUCACAUCGCCGUGGGGCAGCAGAUGAACCUGCACUGGCUGCACAAGAUGGGUCUGGUGGUCAUCCUGGUGUCCACGGUGGUGGCCAUGUCGGCCAUGGCCCAGCUGUGGGAGGACGAGUGGGAGGUGCUGCUCAUCUCCCUGCAGGGCACAGCUCCGUUCCUGCACAUGGGGGCCCUGGCCGCCAUCACCGCGCUCUCCUGGAUCGUGGCAGGACAGUUCGCCCGGGCAGAGCGGUCCUCCUCCCAGAUGGCCAUCCUCUGCACCUUCUCCGCCGUGGUGUUUGCCCUCUACCUGGCCCCUCUCACCAUCUCCUCUCCCUGCAUCAUGGAGAAGAAGGACCUGGGCCCCAAGCCCGCCCUCAUUGGCCACCGCGGGGUCCCCAUGCUGGCCCCAGAGCACACGCUGAUGUCCUUCCGGAAGGCCCUGGAGCAUAAGCUGUACGGAUUGCAAGCCGAUGUCACCAUCAGCCUGGACGGUGUGCCCUUCCUCAUGCACGACACCACGCUGCGGCGCACCACCAACGUGGAGGAGGCGUUCCCGGAGCUGGCCCACAGGCCCGCCUCCAUGCUCAACUGGACUGUCCUGCAGAGGCUCAACGCCGGCCAGUGGUUCCUGAAGACGGAUCCCUUCUGGACGGCCAGCUCCUUGUCCCCCUCCGACCACAGGGAGGCCCAGAACCAGUCCAUCUGCAGCCUCGCUGAGCUCCUGGCAUUGGCCAAGGGCAAUGCCACGCUGCUGCUCAACCUGCACGACCCUCCGCGGGACCAUCCCUACCGAGCCAGCUUCCUCAACAUCACCCUGGAGGCCUUGCUGCGCUCCGGCUUCCCCCAGCACCAGGUCAUGUGGCUGCCUAACAGGCAAAGGCCCUUUGUACGGAAGGUGGCUCCUGGCUUCCAGCAGACGUCAGGCUCCAAGGAGGAAGCUACCAGCCUCCAUAGAGGCCACAUCCAGUGGCUGAACCUGCGCUACACUCAGGUGUCCCGCCCGGAGCUCAGGGACUAUGCAUCCUGGAACCUGAGUGUGAACCUCUACACGGUCAACACGCCGUGGCUCUUCUCCCUGCUGUGGUGCAUGGGGGUCCCCUCCGUCACCUCCGACAACUCCCACACUCUGUCCCAGGUGCCUUUCCCGCUCUGGAUCAUGCCCCCGGACGAGUACUGCCUCAUGUGGGUCACCGCGGACCUGAUCUCCUUCACCCUCAUCGUGGGCAUCUUCGUGCUCCAGAACUAUCACUUGAUCAGGUGGCGCCUGGGUGGCAUCCGGAGCUACAACCCCGAGCAGAUCAUGCUGAAUGCGGCCGUGCACCGGACCAGCCGGGACGUCAGCAUCAUGAAGGAGAAGCUCAUCUUCUCAGAGAUCAGCGAUGGCAUGGAGGUCUCCGAUGAGCUCUCUGUAUGUUCAGACAACAGCUAUGACACAUAUGCCAACAGCGCCAGCACCCCAGUGGACCCCCGAGGGGCUGGCGGCCACACCAAGACCCUCGCAGACCGGAGUGGGCGUUAGCUGAAGCCCUGUCUUCCCAGGCUGAGCCUAAUGGAGAGACCCGGGAACCCAGAAGAGCAGGCAGAAGCUUGUCUGGCCUGGGAGUGCUCUGGGAGCUGGCGCCAUGGCCUCCUCGUUGGCUCCAGCCCCUUGUCCGCCAUGACCUCUCUUAGGGGGUAGGGGCUCCUCUCCCCGCUCAGGCCCAGCUGGGCCAGGACUCCAGCCUCCCAGAUGCCCCUGCAGGCCUGGGGAUCCUUCCUCUGGGAAGUGUGGGGCCUGGUCCUCCCCUGAAACCCUCCCUGGAAUCCUGGACGCUUUGAUGGGCCACUGGGCCGUGCCCUAUCCCCUGUGCAAUGGAGGAUGUGGAUGCUCGUGUGGGACCACCCUCCUGUCUGGGCUGUGAAGCAGCCGACUUCUCUGUUUCUCCUGCUCAAGGACCUGGGGCCGGGCCUCUGCCCCCAGCAGCUCUGCUCUUCACCUCAGUCUCACAGCACAAGGAGGCUCGCCUCAGGAGGAAAGCCUGCAGUCAUGGUGGGGAUUCUCCUCCGACCAGCCCCACCGCCACUGGCCCUGCCCCAGGAGGGGGCCCAAACCACGUCCUUGGGAGCAGCUGGAAGUGGCCAGAAGAGCAGGCUCCGGGCUGCUCGGUCCCUGCCCAAGUGUCCAACAGCCUCCAGGGCAGAGUGACCUGCAGGCUCAGGAGAGCGAGGCUGGCACAGUGACCACAGGGCAGGGCCCCCUGGGAAGAGCGUUCUCUGGGUGUGGUCAGGGGGCGGGCGUGUGGCCAAGGAGGCCUAUAGAGGAAGGAGCUGGAGGGACUUGGCCAAGUGGUUAAAGCUGCCAUGUUGACACAUCAUUUCUGAACUGUCACUGGAAGGAUGGGGACCGAGCUUGCCGAGUUUGGGAUUCCGUCUUGGCCCCAUGACAUGAGGAGGAGCCAUUCUCAGAAACGAGUGGGAGAGGGGCAGGCUGGCAGGUUCCUUAACAGCCCAGGGCUGGGGGCCGAUCUUGGAGAGAUAAAGUGACUGUCCAAGGCCACACAGAACAAGUGGCACGAGAAUCCCACCCAUGCCUUCUGUAACCAGCCAGGAACAGCACGGAAGAUGGGGAGGGCUCCUGGGUCUGAUGUCAGGGUGGGCAAAGGGCCUAGGAGGUCCCCUCACAGCCCCAUGGAGGUGUUCUGAGCUCCCUGACCUGUGGAGAGACAGACCUUCAGCCAGCAGAUGCCUCUCUACCAUGGCAGAAGGUUGGUUUGGACUUCUCAAGGAUUUGGACCUGACCAAAGCCAGCCCACCCCAUUCCUGGCACAUGGGGUGCCUGGGUUGAAAGCCCAGUACAGUCCACAGAUGUCCCUUUCUGUCAUUCAGUCCUUGGACCUCUGCCCUCCGUGAAGGAGUCAGCAGUGGCCUCGAGGCAGGUCUGUAACUCCCAUCUUUGUCCUAAGAGUUUGUGUGAUCUUGGGUGUGUCCUAAGGGGAAAAGGGAGAAGCUGAACUCUAGCACCAGCCUGCAUUAAAUAAACAUGGUGCUUUCUGGAACCAA